UAACGAAUAUUUUGACGUAAUGCAAGAAAGUCUCUUUUGCAUACUCGUGACUCAACUUAAUUGAACAGUGGUUUCUCGGUUUAAAAUUCGAGCCCUACUUUUUAUUUUGGCAACGCAACAAAUAUUUCUCUUGUGCAUGGUUUGGGCACCUUUAUAAUAAAAGAACAAAAGAAAAGAAAAGGAAGAUACUAAUUGAUAAUUAGGCCGGAUAUGCAAAAUUGGAUGCGCAUAUUAACAGAACAGUAGUAGUAGGUCAUAAAAAAGCUCAGAAAACUCAAAAAAAGAAAAAAGAAAAAAAGCAGAGCUAGCGAAGAUGGAGACCAUGAGAGCGAGCAAAGCGAAGACGAAAGGCCUCAACGACAAGCUGUCUCUCGAAGAUUACCUUCUCCUCAUUCAAUCUCACUCCGACCUCCAUCUCACCAAAGUUCAUCUCAAUCAGAUCAUCAGCAUGCACGGUUACAAGAAACUCCACAAAGUUCCCAAGAAACUUCUAAACGACGCCGUGAGCACACUGACUCUGGUCGAGCCGAGCCGCUCUACGCUCAGAAAGUACAUCUCUCCCUUGGUCAUCACUACGCUCGAGGACGUGGUCGCCGACCUCGACCACCUCAACUGGAAAGAGUGCUGCAUCACCUCCAUCGAAACUCUGAGCUCAUGGCAAAACGCCCACUCUUCCCUUCCUCUGACGAGCCCUCAACAGGACGUCGUCCGCUACAGCAAGCAUCAACCAUCGGCGCUCCUGGCCCUGGAUUCGACACCCUACGGCUCCGUUUCCGCUCCUGACGGCGCUUCGCUGCCGUCUAGAGCUUCUGAGACCGCUCGUCAUCCAGCGGAGAAAUUGGCGCCGAAGAGGAAGAGGAAGACGUCACCGAGAGGCGGCGGUGGCGCUCAUGCUGCUUUGCAUUCUGUUUCGUACGGAUCGUGCUGACGUCAUAGCACCCAGAGCAAUUUUUUUCAGUCCUUUGCGUUGUCGUGGCGGGAGUUUGCUACAGGAUUGGUGCUCCCUCAGUGGGUUAGUUAAGGAGUGUGAAUUUCGUAAAAGGGAAAGGGUAUUUCUGUACAUUCCUUUCAGACAGUGGUAAACUUGUGUUUUACAGGUAAUAUUAAGGGUAUUUCAGGUUAUUAGUAUCACAAAUUGCAUUCGGAUUUCAUCCCUAAUUGGUGUCAAAGUAUUUAUUACCACUUUGUUGCGUUCAUUGUGUGCUAUUUCUUCUACCAUUCAACUUUUUUUUAAAAUAAUUUUUUUUUAUGCCUUCAAAGAGGUUCAA